AUGCUAGACGAGCUCCUUCGUGCCCACUCGGAUCUCAGAACGCGCCCUCGCGCACCAAAAAGAAACGUCGCCCACGUCGGGAACUGGUUCUGCAACAACGACGGUGCAAUCAUGGAAGAGGAGCGCAGAUCCAUCUCGCACAAAGAGGAUCUGAUAUCGAUCGCAUAUGCCCAAAAGCCGACGAUGCGGCAGUUCCUCGAGAGCCACAUCAUAUUUCGACUGUGCUGGUUCUGGAGAAAGAAACCGCCACCAGAGAUGCGCGAAUGCUACAAAGAAACAAGAUUCUACAGUUCCGAUGAGCGGAUCGAUUGUUACACCACUAUCGCAAUCUUCGUGACCGGACUGCUCAUGUUGAUUGCACCUUUGUGGACAAUGAACGUCAUCUCUCGUCCCUACUUGAAGCUGGGUGUAAUCACCAUAUUCAUUGUGAUGUUCUUGAGUAUAGUGUAUUACGGAACGGCCGCGAAGCCAUUCGAGACUCUAGCGGCUAUAGCAGCGUACUCUGCGGUACUCAUCGUCUUCCUUCAGUUGAGAACCAGCUCUUCGUGA